AUGGAAUUGAUAGGGAAUAUGUUUUAUGCAGCUAGUAAGACUGGUGGCUCAAGUAAAAGCAGUGAAUGGUACAUAGACAAUGGCUGCAGCAACCAUAUGACAGGAAAUAUCAAUUUAUUGAUUGAUGUUAAGAGAAAUUUGUUUAGAAGGGUUCAAAUGCCUGAUGAAACACUAGAGAACAUUGUUGGUAAAUGUACACUCGUGAUUGACACUAACAAGGGAAAAAGACAUAUCAAAGAGGUACUAUAUUUACCUAGUUUGAAAGAAAACCUGUUGAGUGUUGGUCUAAUGGAUGAGCAUGGCCAUUUUCUGAUAUUUGGUGAUGGAAUGUGUCAUGUGUAUGAUGGACCUACAUUGGAAAAUCUGGUUUUGAAAGUCAAAGCAAAGAAAAAUCGAUGCUAUCCACUGACUAUGACAUCAAGUGAGCAGAUUGCAUUAAGAGUUCAAGCUAAGUUCAGUGUAGAAACCUGGUGCAAAAGAAUGGGACAUCUUCAUUUGAAUGCUUUGCUUGAACUAAAGAGGAAGGAAAUGGUUUUGGGGUUACCAAAGCUUGGAGAAAUGAUGAAGGUUUGUGAAGGUUGCCAAUUUGGAAAGUAG